AAUUCUAUGAAGUUAGUUCUAAAAAUAUACAAAAAGCUACAACCAUAUUCGCCAAAAUCCAUUCGUUUUUAUUCGGCGAUUGCCGACGACUAUCGAUACCCAAACAACGACAAGGGCAAGUGUAUCCAGUAUUCAAUGUUGAUACUCGAUCACAAUCGAUUAGUUUAGGCGAAUCGUCAUCCAGAUCCGUAUCAUCAUCAUCAUCAGGAUCAUCAUUGCAAUCGUCAUCAUCGACAAAAAAUAAUAAUUCGAUACGAUUUGGAUUCUGGAACCUAAUCUACAACAAUAUUAUCGUUUUACGAUCAAUCAACUGGAUACAAUUGCCCACGUUUUCCGUUUGGUUUUCAUCAAUUUCAUCAUUAUUACGAUUAACAUCAUCAACAUCAUUAUCAUCAUCAAUAACUGGUGCAUCAUUCAUUCAUACUAACAUGAAUCGUAGAUCAACAAUAAUGAUGACAACGAUAACAGCCAUGCAUUUUUUUACAUUAGCAUUACUAUGUUUGUUCAUAUUACUUGGCGCACAUUAUAGUGACGCCCUGUUUGAUAUGAGUCAAUCAUCGUCAUCAUUGGAUUCGAACAUUUAUGGUGUUCAAUUAUCAUCUUGUCCACUUGAAUGCGAUUGUCAAGGUCUGACCGUCGAUUGUUCACAUCGUGGAUUAUCAUAUGUGCCACAAACAUUUCCAUUGGAAGUACGACGAUUAUACCUUGAUGGUAACAAUCUGACCAUACUACGUCAAAAUGAUUUCCAACGUUUACCUUAUUUGAAAGUUUUGCAAAUAAUGGACAAUCAGGUACAAACAUUGGAACCGGGUGUUUUCGAUGAUCUCAAAAGUUUGGAAAGACUGUGGCUUAGUCGUAAUCAUCUUCGCUAUUUACCAGAUAAUGUAUUUAUCAAAAAUUUGGCCCUACACCUAAUCGAUCUUAGCCAUAACAGGAUCAUGGGCUUGACAUCCAAUGUUUUUUAUGGUCUAAAAUCGUUGAAAAGCUUACAUUUGGACAAUAAUCGAUUAUCCUGUAUCGAAGAUGGAACUUUUAGCAAAUUGAAAGAAUUAGAAUUCCUAACAUUGAACAAAAAUAAUCUUACAACAUUGACCUAUUCGAUUUUCGAUGGAUUGGCUAUGAAACUAAAAACAUUACAUAUGGCAGACAAUCCAUUCCGUUGUGAUUGUUCAAUGGCCUGGCUAGUUCAAUGGUUUCGAAAAUUGUUCAUCAUGCAACAUAAACAAUCAUCACAGCAAAGAUUCGAUAUUGAUAGUGCCAAAUGUGUGGCACCAUUUCAUCUGUUUGGAAUGAAAAUCUCAUCACUAUCAACCAAAGAUUUUCAUUGCGAUCAACCAUAUUAUGAUGAAUUUCUACAGAAUGAUGAUUCUGGCAUAAUGCGUCCAUGUCGAAUAGAGCCACAAUGUCCAUAUCAAUGUUCUUGUCAGGAUGGUGUUGUUGAUUGUCGUAAUCGAAAUUUAACCCGUAUACCGGAUUUUAUUCCGGACAAUGCCAUCGAAAUUCGAUUGGAACAGAAUUCGAUUACCGAAGUGCCUUCGCGUGCAUUCUCAUCGUAUCGUCAGUUGGGCCGAAUCGAUUUAAGCAAGAAUAACAUUUCCAGGAUAGCUGAAGAUGCUUUCAAUGGAUUAAAAUCAUUAAAUGCAUUAUUUUUAUUUGGAAAUGAAAUCACUGAUCUACCGGAAGCUCUAUUCAAAGGUCUAGCCAACAUACAGCUGCUUUUGCUCAACAAGAACAGAAUCAAAUGUUUACGUCGUGGAAUUUUUGCUGACCUUAAACAUUUGAAUCUAUUAUCAUUGUACGAUAACAAUAUUCAAUCAUUGGCCGAAGGAAUUUUUGAUCCAUUAAUCAAUAUACAAACAUUACAUUUAGGAAGAAAUCCUUUCAUUUGCGAUUGUAAUCUUCGAUGGCUAUCAAAUUAUCUGCGUGAACGUCCUAAUCUGGAAACAUCGGAUGCUCGUUGUGAAGAACCUAAGCGUAAUAGCCGAAAACGAUUAACACAAUUGAAUCCCGAACGAUUCCGUUGCAAAGGAACUGAAGAAUUACGAACAAAAUAUUCCGCACAAUGUAUGGAUAAUAAAUGUCCAAAGAAUUGUGUUUGUGAAGGUACAAUUGUGGAUUGUUCACGAUUGGAUUUGCAUCAUCUACCGGAAGAUGUACCAACGUUUGCUACCGAAUUACGUCUUACUGACAAUCGUAUUCGUCGUUUGAUAAAUAAUAAUUACUUCAAACGAUUGCCCAAUCUUUUAAAACUUGACCUUCGUAAUAACCAAUUAAAUGAAAUUCAAGACGGUUCAUUACAUGGUGCUGAAAUGUUACAAGAUUUGUUAUUGAGUAAUAAUCAAUUGCGACAAAUCAGUCCCAAAAUGUUCGCUAAUCUCCGUAAUCUAAGCACAUUGGUUCUACAUGACAACCAAAUUACCUGUAUCACCAAUGAUACAUUUGCCGAUCUAGAAAAUCUGCGUUAUCUUUCAUUGAAUGAUAACAAAAUACGUUGUAUUACAUCUGGCGCGUUCGACAAACUUCGAUCAUUAUUACAAGUGAACUUACAGAAUAAUCCGUUCAAUUGUAAUUGCCAUCUACGUUGGAUGUCGUCCUGGUUACGAAAGAAAAGCAGUAAUAAUAAAAUUCUUAUUGGCAAUAUACGAUGUUAUUCACCGGCCAACGUUGCCAAUAUACCGAUUGAAGAUGUUGAACCGGGUGAUUUUCGAUGUGAUGAAGAUGAAGAAGAAGCUGAAUGCGGUCCUGAUGGUCUAUGCCCUUCACGUUGCACAUGUUCAGGAACAGUUGUUCGAUGUUCGCGACAAAAAUUAAAACGUGUACCGAAAUAUAUACCAACUACAACAACUGAACUUUAUCUUGAUAUGAAUGAAAUUUCUGUUAUUCCUACCGAUCUAAAUCGUUUGGCCGAACUUAGUCUUUUAGACUUGAGUAAUAAUCAAGUAAACAUAUUGCCAACAAAGAUAUUUGAAAACAUGACCAAGCUACAUACAUUGAUCAUCAGUUAUAAUAAGCUUCAAUGCAUUCAACCGGAUGCCUUUAAAGGCUUGAUGUCGCUUCGAAAACUUACGCUUCAUGGCAACGAUAUUUCCAUGGUUCCAACCGGUUCAUUUGAUAGUUUAAAUGUCAUAACACAUUUAGCUAUCGGCGAAAAUCCAUUUUAUUGCGAUUGUAAUAUGCGUUGGCUUGCAGAAUGGAUACAAAAAACUAAUACAGAAAAUGGUAUAGCACGUUGUAUGGAACCGAGCACAAUGCGUGGCAAACUUUUAAUGUCAGCACUGCCUAAUCAUUUCAUUUGUACGGGAAAAAUUGAACCGCAUAUAAUGGCCAAAUGUGAUGCCUGUUAUACAUUUCCUUGUAAGAAUGGUGCCACAUGUAUUUCACAACCAAUGCACACUUACGAAUGUAUGUGUGCUCCUGGAUUUCAUGGAACAAAUUGUGAAUACAAGAUUGAUGCAUGUUUCGGAAAUCCAUGCGAUAAUGGUGGUACUUGUAAAGUUCUUGAGACUGGUCGUUUUAGUUGUCAUUGUUCAACUGGCUUUAAAGGUCAUCGAUGUGAAAUCGAUAUAGACGAGUGUGCCGAAGAUAACAAAUGUCAGAACAAUUCGACUUGUAUCGAUGAUAUUGGAUCAUACCGAUGUGAAUGCUUGAGUGGCUAUUCGGGAUAUUUUUGUGAGAAAAAAAUCGAAUAUUGUUUGACCAGAGAAUGGAAUCCAUGUCAAAACAAAGCCAAAUGUAUAAAAGAUGAAGUUAAUGAUUUUUAUUACUGUGAAUGCGCACCUGGAUGGACUGGUCAAAAUUGUACUGAUAAUGAAGAUGAUUGUCUUGUCAACGAAUGUCAAAACGGUGCCACCUGUUUAGACAAAAUUUCUGGCUAUGAAUGUCAAUGUCCAGUCGGCUAUUCGGGACAAUUUUGCGAAUAUGCACCCAAUGUAGACUUGUUGUAUCAACAAACAAGUCCUUGCCAACAUCAUGAUUGUAAACAUGGUGUCUGCUUUUUACCACCAGGAUCUUCCGAUUAUCAAUGUAAAUGUUCACCUGGAUAUACUGGCAAACGAUGUGACGUUAUUUCUUCAGUUUCUUUUCGACUUGGAUCCUAUAUCGAAUUGGCCCAAGACAUGAACUUACAAUCCAAACCAUCAUUGUCGAUCAAGUUCAAAUUCAUUACAAAAAAAGAGAGUGGUAUUUUAUUCUAUCUUGGAGGUAAUCAAGGUCAUCAUUUAUCCGCUGAACUAUUCAAAGGUCGUAUUCGCAUUAGUUUGAAUGUGGGAAAUUAUCCUGUAUCCACAAUGUUCUCGUAUGAAAAAGUUAACGAUGGCCGCUUUCAUCAAGUGAAUUUCGAAUUGAUCAAAAAAAACUUUACAAUGAUUGUCGAUGAUGGUUCAACACGUACGAUUGUCAAUGAAGGUCGCAAUGAAUUUCUGGAUGUAGCAAAUCAACCAUUAUAUAUUGGAGGCAUGCCUAAAGCUGUUGGCAAUGAUGUUCGACAAAAAUGGCAUAUUUGGAAUGAUACCAGCUUUGAAGGUUGCAUGAAGGAAUUAUAUAUCAAUUCAAAUCCACCCGAUUUAAAUCAGGCAAAACAUAAGCAGGACAUUGUCAUUGGUGGGGAUGGUUCGUGUGAUGAUUACGAACAACCCAAACCGAUGGAUGCUUGUCAUGCCAAUCUUUGUCAACAUGGUAAAUGUGUCCCAUCUGAUGAUGGACAAAGUUAUCACUGUAAAUGUAAAUUAGGUUAUAGUGGUCCAUUUUGCGAUCAAGCACCAACAUGUCAGAAAGAAAUCAAAAGAGAUUUUUAUUACGAAAAUUCAUGUCGUUCGACUAAGAAAUUAAAAAUGGCCAUCUGUGUUGGUUCUUGUGGUGAAGCACAAUGUAAGGCACAAAAAACAAAAAAACGUAGUAUCAAAUUGGCUUGUAAUGAUGGAUCCAAAUAUACAAAACAGAUUGAAAUCAUAAGAAAAUGUGGAUGUGGAAAUACCAAAUCAACAUAUACCGAUCUUUUUUAUUAAUAUUCAACAUUGACCGGAUUUUAUCAUUGAUUAUAUGAUUAUUACGAUAUGAUCUUCAUUUCAUUGCCAUCACCUCAAUUU